GUAAAGUGACAUAUUUUUUCAGGCAAUUUGUGAACUGUCUGGUUCACCCAGUCAAUCUGUAAAUCAGCUAAAAAUCUCAGACAAUUUACAAAGUGACUUAAAUUUUGAUAGAUUUUCUUGGCAUAUUGACUGAAAUGAUCCUGCCAUGGAUCACAAAUCCCUGACCCCGCCCUGCCGAGGAACGAACCCAGCUGUACGGUGUGUGUGUGUGUGUGUGUGUGUGUUUAACUACCUGUUACCUUUCAGUAUAACUAUGUUGGUAUGGGCAAGGUCACAAAUCAUCGACUCCGUCCGAGUCCUUGUGUGUGUGGGUGUUGGAGAUUCAAAAAAUUUCCGAUCACAAACGAACCCCCAACUGUGUGUGUGUGUGUGUGUGUGUGUGUGUGUGUGUGUGACAUUGGCCGGUACAGGCGUCUGGGGGCUGGACAGCUAGCCAGAGCAGUUGUGUGUUGGCCUUGUCCUGGCAUUGUCCUUCCGUGAGGUGCAGGCAACUUCAUUAGCAGAAGAAAUGGCGUGUUCCCAAGAAGCAAAGUUUUACGAGAAAGUGAUGUUGAAAAAGAACUCUGAUUCAAAGUCAUUAAUAAUGACUAAAAUUGAGUACUACAAUCUGAUAGAGGAACUCAGAGUUGCAGCAAGUGCGAAAAAUAAAUCUAAUCGGCAGUAUUACAUCCUUGGACGUUACGAAGUUCUUCAGUGUGGUGGAGUUGAAAAGUUGAUAAAAAAACGGAAGGAUGAAACUCAAGAGCUUGUUUAUUUUGUGCACGUUGAGGAUUUGUUUGAAACAAUAAAACGUGCUCACAUUGCAACGGGACAUGGCGGCAGAGACAAAAUGGUCAAAGAACUCUCAAGAUAUGCGAAUGUAACGAGAGAUACUGUAGAACUGUUCAAAUCUUUGUGUGUUCAGUGUCAAAAGAAACGGAAGAGAUGUGCGACUAAGGGUGUUACUGUCAAACCGAUCUUGUCUAAUGACUACGGUUCACGAGCUCAGGUGGAUCUUGUUGACAUGCAGUCUUGCGCCAAAGGAAAAUAUAAGUGGAUAAUGGUGUACCAAGAUCAUCUAACAAAGUAUUGCAUAUUGCGUCCCUUAACUUCAAAAAGAGCCGCUGAGGUUGCAUUCCAGCUAAUGGACGUAUUUUUAAUGUUCGGAGCCCCUCAAAUUCUUCAGAGUGAUAAUGGUAGUGAAUUUACAGCAUUGGUAAUUUCGGAACUCAAACUUCUUUGGCCUGACCUGUUGAUCGUUCAUGGUAAACCAAGGCAUCCACAGAGCCAGGGAUCAGUUGAACGCCUUAACUGUGAUAUAAAAGACAUGCUUAUUUCAUGGUUAGGGGAUAAUGAUACAAGUGACUGGCCCAUGGGCCUCAGGUUUGUGCAGUUCCAAAAGAACACCAGCUACCAUUCCGGAAUCAAACAAUCCCCAUACAAAGCACUCUUUGGUGUUGAGGCCAGAGUAGGUCUACGCUCAACUGCACUUCCAGAAGAAGUUUUGAAGACAAUGAUCACCGAAGAGGAUUUACUUGGAGCUUACAGUUUCCCCUCUGACUCUCCUCGUCCAGACGAAUCACCCGAUUCACCUGAAUGCUCUGCUCCUCCAAAUGACUCGCCAAAGGACUUCGCUCAGCCAGAUGGCUCAUCAGAGGCCUCUAACUCUCAUCGUCCAGACGAAUCACCCGAUUCACCUGAAUGCUCUGCUCCACGAAAUGUUAUCGGGGUUAUUUUAGAUCGUAAUGAAAAUGACAUGUAUCGAAUAGGCGUGAGAGAUGGAAUACUCAAGGGGCGCUAUAGUAGGAGCCAAUUCGAUAUUUGCAGCCAGCAACUGUAUAGUAUUGGUGAAGUAAGUGCAGACAAGGAAAUAGGACUUCGUCAGGCAGUACAGCAAUCGUCUAGGUUUGGUGGUCAAGGUUAUGCUAAGUGCAACUGUACUGUAGGCAAGAAACAGUGUCAAACAAAUCGCUGUAAAUGUUACAAAGAAGGUUACAAGUGCAAUAGUCGGUGCCACUCUAGCUUAACUUGUAAGAAUAAAAACUAAAAUAAUAUUAAAUGUUGCAUUUUAUACUUUAUUUUUUACUUUUGAUAUAAUAUAGUUACUCAGGUUUUAAAAAAUAAAAUUUUACUCAAGAAUCUGGUUUGUUUUUCUGUCAGUUCAUUACUUACUAUGAGUCAAUAUGUCAAGAAAACAAUGAGCUUUCAGCUCACACGGAGAAGGUAACAGGUAGUUAAACACACACACACACACACACACACACACACACACACAACCAUUGCAGAUACAUAGCAGGAUCAUUUCAGUCAAUAUGCCAAGAAAAUCUAUCAAGAUUUAAGGCACUUUGUAAAUUGCCUGAGAUUUUUAGCUGAUUUACAGAUUGACUGGGUGAACCAGGCAGUUCACAAAUUGCCUGAAAAAAUAAGUCACUUUACAAAUUGUCUGGAUUCAGGUAUUGACUGUAA